AUGGAAGAAAAAAGACACGCGGAACAUUGGAGGGCGGGCCAAUGCUCUCAUUGCUGCUACACCAAGGAGGAUGUGUACAGAGCUCUCGACGCAUGGGCGGCCUUCCAGCUGGACUUCCCUCUGCUGGCCGUGAAACGCGCUUUGAGGAUCAUGCAGCAGGAGGGCCAGUGGAAGCGAAUACUGCAGGUGUGCAAGUGGAUGCUGGCAAGGGGGCAGGGCCGGACAUUCGGCACGUAUGACUUGAUGAUGGAAGCCAUGGCUGCCACGGGGCGCCACGCUGAGCUGGACGGCACAUGGGAGCGAAUCAUGGGCCGCCACCUGGACACAGUGCCGCGUGCCACGUUUGCACGAGUGAUGAACGCCACCCCCAGUGAUCCCAUAGACAUGCUCCCGGCAUACCUCUGGCACAAAGUAUUUCGCUACCUGCUGCUGCCACCCGGCUCCUCCCACCCCGAGACUCCCCUUGUCCGGGGCAGGCGAAAGUUUCCAUGGUAUCUCGCCGCCACAGAGCAGACCACAGCGGACAGAAACCUGCCCGUGAGAUUUGUGGACCCUGAUUUCUCAGCAGCCGGGCAGCACUGGAAGAACGCGAGGAGCUAUGGCAGUGGGUGGGCACUGCUGUGCUGCGCUAUGGCCAGCAAGAGGCUGCUCGCUCUCGUUCUCUCCUUCUCCGCCCACCACCCCAUCGCACUGGUAUACAACGACCUGCACCCGCAGUGGAACAAGAGCGUCGCCUACUUCCUGGGCUGGCGCCCCCGCCUCAAGUCCCUCGCCCUCACCUUCACACACGUCAAACAGAUCGACAACCUCUGCUCGCCGCGCACCAAGUCAUUCCCCGCCCUCACCUCUCUCAGUCUCAAGCUGCGCGGCUGUGCCGACAAAGCCUACCUGUUUGACGAAGUCGAGAAGGAAGAUGAUGAGGACGAAGCGGAGGAGAAUUUCUGGAGCUGGUCCUUACAGUGCCCGAAUCUGCGGCGGCUGAAGCUGGGUCGGGGCAAGUGGGACCUGCGAACUGUGGGGUUCAAGUCGCUGCGCAGUUUGACUCUUAAGCACAUGGACUGGAGGUAUGUUAAUCUCCAGAAUCUUGGCACGGUCACACCGCGGCUCACGGAGUUCGUUCUCUAUCGUAGCUGGGAUUUGGACCGCCCGUCAUCAGGCCCCGGUGGUGGCGGCAUGUUCCGUUUCGACUUAUCGAAAGCUCACACCGUCAGCUUCUACUUCCCACAGAGCAGCCUCACGCUCUCCCUCACACUCUCUUCUUCGCUCAAGGCUUUCUCAGCCAUGGGAAAACAACUCGUGCUCUCCUGCAAAGGCACGGAACCUCUCGCUCUCCAAUACCUCUCGCUGUACGGCCAGCAGCGGCUUGUCAUCUCCUCCCUCCGCCUUGCUUCCGUGCGAGUUGCCUAUCUCAACGGCCCUCCCAAAGACCACCACUCCCGCAAUGAAGAUUUUUCUUCCUACCUGGACUCCCCUGCGUUGUCACAUGAACAUUCACAUGAAAAUUCUCCUGACAGGGAGAGUGUGCACCGCCGCAGCUCUGCUGCAUUCUCCUGGGCUGAAUGGCUGGCCCCUAUAGCGCCAACAGUGGAGGUGCUUAUAGUGAGGCAUGGGAUGCCUGUACAGGAGGUUGACGCUGAGUGGAGCUUCCUGCGCAGCCUUGGGAUAGUCGUGGAGAGAGAGGAGCGGUUUGAGGUGGAUUUGAAGUCUUUCACCCUUUCCCUCGAUCCCCUCGCCAUCCUGGUUCUCACCCUUCCGCUCCUAACCCUAGUUCCUCAUCGAUUCGGACAAAUCGUUCCAAACCUCUCGCAAUCGCUCUCCAACCCACUUCACCCUUCCUUCUCAGCUAUUGUGCACGCUAGAAAGAAAGUUGAAAAGAUCUCCAUGGCAGCGCUGCAGCCUGCUGGCGAAUUGAAAGAGCGCGCCGAGCGACGGGAGGAGAAGAGACAGAAGAGCAAUGCUGACCCAGAAGUCGCCACCCCCAGUGAUCCAAUUGACAUGCUGCCGGCGUACCUCUGGCACAAAGUAUUCCGCUACCUGCUGCUGCCGCCCGGCUCCUCCCGCCCUGAGACUCCCCUCGUCCGGGGCAGGCGCAAGGCGCCCUGGUAUCUCACCGCCACCACUCAGCCCACAGCGGGCAGAAACCUGCCCGUGAAAUUCGCGGACCCUGAUUUCACGCCAGCCGGGCAGCACUGGAAGAACGCGAGGAGCUAUGGCAGUGGGUGGGCGCUGCUGUGCUGCGCCAUGGCCAGCAAGAGGCUCCUCACUCACGUCCUCUCCUUCUCCGCCCACCACCCCAUCGCCCUGGUAUACAACGAGCUACACCCGCAGUGGAUCAAAAGCGUCGAAUUCUUCCUGCGCCAGCGCCCCCGCCUCAGGUCCCUCGCCCUCACCUUCACAAACUUCAAGCAGCUGGACUACCUCUUCUCGCCGCUCAACCACCACUUCCCCUCCCUCACCUCCCUCACCCUCAAACUCCGCGGCUGCGUCGACAAAUCCUACCUGUACGACGAUCUACCGGACGACUGUGAGGACGAUGCCGAUGAGAUGUUCUGGGCGCAUGCCUUCGACUGCCCGGCGCUGCAGCGCCUGAAGCUCGGCCGGGGCAAGUGGAACCUGCAGGAGGAAGACUGGGCUGAGGAGUUCCAGUCGCUGCGCAGCUUGACUCUCAAGCACAUGGACUGGAGCUUCGUGGAUUUCGAGUAUCUCGGCACCGUCACGUCGCGGCUCACGGAAUUCACGCUCUAUCACAGCUGGAGUUUGGACCGCCCGUCCUCCGGGCCUGGCGGUGGUGGCGAGUUCCAGUUCGACUUGUCCAAGGCUCAAACCGUCCGAUUGUACUUCCCGCAGAGAACCCUCACGCUCUUCCUCACCUUCUCUCGCUCGCUCAAAGCCUUUACGGCGAUGGCGAAACAGCUGGUACUCUCCUGUAAGAGCAGCACCCCUCUCGCUCUCCAACACCUCUCUCUGUACGGCCAGCAGAGGCUUGUCAUCUCCUCCCUCCGCCUCGCUUCCACACGAGUGGCCUAUCUCAACGGCCCUCCCAAAGACCUGCACGCCUGCAAUGGCCACAAUUCGUCCUACCCGGACUCUCCUGAACCGUCCCCUGAAUUUUCACCUGAAUUCUCCUGCGUCGAGUGGCUGGGUGGUAUAGCACCAACAGUGGAGGUGCUUAUAGUGAGGCACGGGGUGAAUGUAGAGGGGGUUAAUGCGGAGUGGAGCAGCCUGCGCAGCCUUGGGAUUGUCGUGGAGAGAGAGGAGCGGUUUGAGGUGGAUUUGAAGGUUGAGAAGCGACGGGAUGAUGCAAUCUUCUUCCCCACCAGCACAUGCGAGCAGCGAACCCUCACUUCCCUGCGCGAAUUCUGUCCCUCUCUCGCCCUGUACUGCAUCUCACGUCGCUCGUUCUACUGGGAGAAGCAGGGGAAAGAGUUGCCAGAGACUCCGAUGGUGCACGUGAGGAAGGCGAGAAGCGGGGUGCCGCACGCUUGCUUUGCGGAGAAGCGGCCGAAGAACGUGCGGGAGAAGAUGCACAGUGUGAAUAGAGAGCUGGUUGAUGGGUACAGUGUUGAUAAAGAAGAUGCUUAUAUGUGGAAGUACAAAGGGAGCCUGUGGAGCAGAGACCAUUGA